UCCACUGACUUUAUAGGCUGGAGAGAGGUGUGGCACUCGACCUGUGCCUUUUCCUGUAAAGAGGAAUUCUGGUUUUUACAGCAGCAAAGACCCUUUUUCAGGUUUCAGUAGCUUCCUGCGCUACCAGCAAUACGGAGCGUCCCUGGUGCUGCCCACUCGUUUCAACAAACACCUGCUGCUGCUAUAAAGGUAUGGCUACACACCACUCUUCUGCCUACAGCAGAACAGAGGUGUCGGAAGAACAGUGUGACGAUGCCGAUCCCGGAAUGAUGACUACACAAGGCAGCAGACAUAUAUUUGACAACUCAUGGCAGCCACCAGCCCAUGGAAAGCAGACUGCAACCCUGGAGGCCUUCUGUUAUAGUCUGGAAAAAAGGAUAACAAAUGUGGAAAAAUUUAUAGAACGGACAGAAAAGAAGAACAGAGACUGGGCUCACUCUGUUAAUACUCGACUACAACACCUGGAGAGUUGCAACGGAGCAUUUCCUGGAAAGGCUGUCAGAAAAGACCUUCAAGAGGAAAAUGAGAAGCUGAAAGGGGAGAUCAAAAAGCUAGAGGCGAGAAAUGCAGAGCUCUUGUCUAAAGCGAUGGCCAUGCACAAGCACUCUGAGGACAUGAAUGACCCUUCACGUUUGACUGCUGUGCUGCAGAGGUACGAGAUGCUCCAGCUACAUGAGUGGGAGAAAGUCAGGACCUCCACACCCCACCCUUGGACGUAUGAACAAGGCAGUCACGUGAUUAAGAGGCUCUUUGAUGCCUGUGAGGAAGAUUUACAGCAGAGAACAGCUGACAUAUUUACAGUUCUUGGCAUUCCACCUUCAAAUGACACUAUGACCAACAGCAAACAGGGGAUCAUGCGAGAAAUAAGGAAUCUCUUUGGGCAAUCAUGUUACCAAAACUACUCUGAGGUUUACAGAGAAAUUGUUAAGAAAGCUGGUGUUCAUGCAGAAACUGCCAUCCAAAGCCACUUCAUACUGCAGUGCUGUCGGAUUUAUUGUUUGCUGCUUCUUCAGGACCCUCCUGUUAAAGCUGAGUGGAACACAGAGGGAAGAUCGGCAGAGGAUUUAGAGCACGUGGACAAGAAAGACGUGAUGUACUGGAAAAAACCAGUAUUUCUGUGGCCUAUAAUGAAACGUGGGGAACAAACCAUUUUGAGAGGUGUAGUCUGGGAUGAAAAGUAGCAUGACUUCAGAGUCAGGCUACUCACUUAUAUGGCCAUAAGAGGAUGAAACAGCUGCUGUGCAAUAGGAUACUUUUCUUUCUCCCAUGCACUACCUGCUUUUCAGAGCUAGUAAGUUAGACAACCCCAGCUUGGGACUCCUGGGAUAAAUGAUUACUAACAAACAUGUAUUAGCAAUUGAAGAUAUUUCCCUCAGCAGCAUGCAUACAUUUUAUGUAACAUUUGUUCCUUGCUGUUUCCAAACAGCAUUUGUGUGGAAAGAGGAUUGUUUUUCCAGCCUACCUUACCUGCUCUUCACUAAUGCUUAUGACAUUAUCAGAUAACAGUGGCACUUUCAACCACCCUAUGGAGGUACUUGCAUGCAGUAGGACCAACACUUUGCAUGACCCACAACAGCAGUGCAAUCCCCUGACCUCCCACGUGCCUACAGCAGGUGCAAAAACUGCAGGCUCAUGUUUCCUGCUAGCAAAUAAGCAGCGAGGAUGAAGACAGCCUGUUGGGAAACAAGCAUCCUUCUUGGGAAAAAGAGUACUUAGCUGAGAAAGAGAUAAGAUACCAAAAGACAAGGCUCACAAAGACUACAAUGGACUUUCAGAAGACAGCAGUGCAUUGGCACGUGUACCCAGACACAGACACAGAGGCUCACUCUUACAUGCCAAAAGGCCACUUUUCUCCUCACAAAUGCCACCUGCCUGUUAGUUCUCAGCUGCUUUCCCACAUCUGUACAAUUUACCACUCCCACAGCCCUUCUGCCACACACCUGCCACAGCUCUUGACCAAAGAGCUCUAAAGAUUGUGUUUCAUGGCAUAAGGGUGAUGCUAUGAAGCAAAUGCAUGUUUGUGUGAUUUUGUGUGAGACAAUAUUCUAUGAGCAACUUGAAAAUUACCAAAUAAAAAAGACUUAAAAUCCU